AUGUUGAAAUGUAUGCGUUCGCGUGUGCGUUCGAGUAAUGGGCGUGUGAAUGCCAUACGCACAAAUCUGUCGCUACAUAAAUGCUUUGUUCGCUAUGAAGAUGACUUUGGCUCCUUUUGGAUGGUGGACGAUAGUGAAUUCGUUAAGCGUCGCCAUUUAUCGCGAGGCCGUCCACGCAAAUAUGAACCGUCGUCAUCCCCGCGUUCCAAUUCACAGACUCCCGGCUGUGCCGCCGACAAUAGCGACAACAAUAGUCAAUCUGGCGGCACUGACGGCCAUCAAGCCUUUAAUAGGCAGCAACAAAAGCAGAAACACCGCAUAAUUCACAACUUUAGUCCCAAUAAUGGUAGUCAUUUCGUCAGUGCUCGAGCUGGUGCAAGUAGUGUUAAUUGUGCCAGUGGUGGCAGUGAAAACGGUUGUCUGAAUCAAACAUGCGCUGCUUUUGAUGCUGGUGUUAGAGUUGCUGCUGCUGUUGAUGGCUCAAUGCUAACUAAUUAUAUUUGCAAUAAUAGUGAUAGAAUUAAUAAUAAUAAUAAU